AUGGCUCUUUCCGAUACAGUGCUGCCCAAAGGGCUUUUACCACUCGCAUUGUUGGUGAUUGGUGCGCCUGUCCUCUUCUUACUAUACUACCUAGUUCAGUUUGUUUACAACAUCUACUUCCACCCUCUUUCCAAGUAUCCAGGUCCACGCAUCCCUGCUGGCACGUCCUGGUGGGCUGCUGCGUCCUAUAUUCGAGGCACUACACCAAACGAUCUCCUCCAACUGCACAAUCGUUAUGGGCCUGUUGUUCGAACUUCCCCCAAUGAGCUAUCCUACAUACAGCCUGCGCAAUGGAAGGAAAUCUAUGGACACAAAGCCUCGGGUCAGCCAGAGUUCACAAAGGACAAGAAGUAUCACUCUGGUCUGGUAGGGCCACCGGUUCUUCUCAAUGCUGAUCGUGAAUACCAUGGCUAUAUUCGUAAGCUUUUGGCACACGGAUUCUCCGAGAGGGCUCUGAGGGACCAGGAAGCCGUCAUGCAAGAAUACGUUGCGACUCUAUUUCGGAAACUCCACGAAGCUUGCCAGGACGGACGUCCCGUCGAGAUUUCUGCUUGGUACAACUUUAUGACUUUUGACUUUAUUGGCUUUCUCUCCUUUGGCGAGUCUUUUGACUGCUUAACAAGUAGCCGUAUUCACAAAUGGAUCGAGAUCUUCUUCAGCUUAGCCAAGCUCAUGGCCUUUAACCAAGCCAUAUCACGUCUACCUCGGCUUAUACAACUGCCAGCCAAGCUGUGGGCUAUCCCUCCGUCGGUCAAGUCUGAUGUUGCAACUCUAAACCAGCUAAACACGGAAAAAACGAGCCAUCGAAUCAAGUACGAAUCAACCGUACCAGAUUUUAUGGACAAGUUGAUCGACGCUUAUAAGGACGGAAAGAUGUCGUUUGAACAAUUGACUGGCAACGCUUCCAUUCUGAUCGGUGCCGGCAGUGAGACCACCGCGACAGCCCUCUCUGGACUUACAUACUUGCUCUUGAAGAACCCACGCGUGUAUACAAAACUGACCCGCGAGAUCCGCAACGCAUUUGCAUCUUCCGACGAAAUCACCUUUGUCGGCGUCAACCAGUGCAAGUACCUUCUCGCCUGCAUCGAGGAAGUCCUACGCGUAUAUCCUCCAUCUCCGCAGCCCCAUCAGCGCAUUGUGCCCGCCGGGGGCGCCCUUGUUAAUGGCGAGUUCCUGCCCGCCGGCACGGCCGUGAGCAUCCCCAUCUAUGCUGCCUGCAUGAGCCCCGCGAACUGGGCCGAGCCCGAGUCGUUUCUUCCCGAGCGCUGGCUUGGCGGUGAGGACCCGAGGUUCGCCAAUGAUAAGCGGGAUGCCUUUCAGCCGUUUUCGUAUGGUCCGCGCAAUUGUAUUGGCCGCAAUCUCGCCUAUGUGGAAAUGAAGAUUAUUGUGGCCAGAUUGCUUUGGCACUUUGACUUGCAGAGUGCAACGGACGAGGAUUGGUUGGACCAAAAGGUCUAUAUGGUAUGGGAAAAGUCCCCAUUGUGGAUAAAACUGGUUCCUGUGAAGUCUGGCAGAAUUGUCCUGAUAAUCCAGGAAUCAACUCAAUCCCUUAUUCACAAACGAAAAAUGGACCAAUUCUAUCUUGAAAAUGUGUCUCAGUACCAGACUUUGCUCAAGGGGCUCAAACCCCCUUCAGCCCCGGGGACGGUGACGGCCGAGACAAGCAACUCGAAAAUGAUUGUGAGCGCUCGCAUACGGCCAAUGCUAGACGAGGACUUUGCUUCUCGCUUUCCUUGCGCAAUCUUUUCGCGGUCGAUGCAGAAUAAUGUCCUAGAUCUGCACGAUUUGUAUAAUCACCCCAGUGGACGGCCCCAACUCAGGUCUUCGAGUUAUCAGAUGGACAAGGUAUUUGGCUCGGACACAAAGACGGAGACUAUAUUCAAUAGCCUCGUGGCGAACCUGAUAUCCUUUGCGUGGCAGGGGGGCACUGGCAGUCUGUUUGCAUACGGCCAGACGGGAUCUGGCAAGACAUUUACCAUCAGCCGACUGCAGGCCCUCGUCAUAGACACGCUCCUGAGCAAGAAUGUCGACGGAACCAAGCAGAUUUACAUGACCAUGGUCGAGCUGGCCGGUAACUCGGCCUUUGACCUGCUGAGCGCUCGCAAGUCCGUCAUGAUCCUCGAGGAUGCAGCCGGCGAGACGCAGAUUUUCGGAGCCCGCGAGCAGCGCAUUGAGGACAAGAGCCAAGUGACAGCCCUAUUGAGGUCCGCGACCAAGUUGCGCCGGGCCGCGUCCACGUCCAAGAACGACGGUUCGUCGCGCUCGCACUCGAUCUGCCGCGUCCGCAUCGAGGACCCGUCGUCAGAUUCCUCAUCGCGCCCCGCGGGCUUUCUGUACCUGGUCGAUCUCGCUGGGUCCGAAGUCGCCCGCGAUAUCGCGUCUCACAGCGCCGAUCGCAUGAAGGAGACGCGCGAGAUCAAUAAGAGUCUAUCUACACUCAAGGACUGUAUUCGUGGGCGAGCCGAGUGGGAUGCUGCUGCUGCGGCGGCAGCGGCGGCGGCGGCUGGAGGCAACAGAUCCAGCCGGCCAAAUAAAAAGAGACCACACAUUCCCUUUCGGCACUGCGCCCUGACCAAGGUCCUCAAACAUAUCUUUGACCCAAACGAUAACCGGGACACCCGGACCGUGGUGAUUGCCUGCGUAAACCCCAACCUCGCCGACGCAAAGUCGAGCAAGAAUACUCUUCGCUACGCCGAGAUGCUGCGGGUCUUUGUGCCGGUGGACGAGGAGUCCAAGGACGCCAAGGCGGCUGGCGAACGCGUCUUGACCAGUCGUGAUCCUGAUCCUGCCGCAGAGUCUAUCCCCUUUACCGAGCGCAUACGACCGGGCAUGGUAAUACAAUGGAAGCAUUCAGAUUCAACGAGCGGCGAUGGUGUGGGCAGCAACCCAAGUCGGAAUUUUGCGGUUGUGCUGUGUCCCUCUGACGUUGUGGAUCGCAACAAUGGUGGCAGUAAUGAGUGUCCUCGAGACAAUGCAGAGACAUCCAUGCCUGGAUUGGACGACAACGAGACUGCGCAGAAUGGGCGCGAGGAGAAAUGGCAGUGUGCUCUACUCAUGCCAGGUUUCGAGCCCAGAUCCUACGAACUCUGUCUCUGGCAGCAGGUCAGUAUAGAUAUCAGCAUGAUGGUCAACGAAGUCAUCUUGAGGUACGACCAAGCUACGAGAUAUUAUUACAUGGGAGAAUUAAAUGGACAGACUUGCUCAUAG